GCUGGGGGGGCGGGCGGAGGGGAUUAUGGAUAACGGGACAUUGCCUCGUUUGAUCUCAUGUGGGGCAUCUAAAGAAUGUCCGAGGAAUCUAAUUUGGCCAGCCUGGAUCCAGGCCAGCCUUCUGACUGGAUAGUCACUGCUUCAGGGAGUGGGUGUGUGAGAAGAGUUAGGACUAUGGUUCAGUGUACGGCAGGAUCUCUGGCACCGGGACUACAGAUGCCCAAGGGCUGUUGCUGGAACCUGAUCGGAGGUAGCGGAAGGGUUGGGGCCUUGCAUGAAUCGCUGCGGGAGUGAGCAGGUGGUCAGCUGAAUGGAUAGAGGAGCCACCUGAGGAGUUCCAGGGCUUUGUCACAGCAGAAGCUCCUCCAGCCGAGCGGCAGGGGAAGAUUGCCAGGGGAUUAUUGAAAGGCCUACGCAGCAGGGAAGGCCGGCUUCCGGAGAGCAUGAGGGAGGCUGCAGCUGAACGCCAGCUGGGGGUUCCUGAGAGCACGUGGAAGGGCUGAGCAGGAGCUGCGCACACGGCCCGGGGGCGGGGGGAGCCGCCGAGAGACCCCCACCGAGCUGCAGCUGUUCCUGGGCCCUGCUACAGAUGUGGAGCUCCUCAAGAGCUCAGCUGUCUCCCAGGCAACCAGAGCCGGGGAGGCCCCCUCAGCUGCGAGGAGCCGCUGAUGGAAAGCAGCAGCCAGCCAGGUGCGGGCGAGGCGCGGUGGGAACCUGGCUCUCAAACCCCUUACGCAGAGUCCCCCUGAGAUGCGCUUUUCUUCCCCCGCCUGGACAGAGUCUUGCAGCAGGUGAGCGGCCGACAAGGGGCUAGAUCCUGGGUCUGCGCGCACCGAGACGCGCUCCCUUCGCUCCCCGGGCCAGCGGAGCUUGCAGGAGAUGAGGAGCCCGGAUCCCCUUUGGGGCCCAAGGCAGAGGGGAGCCGUUUGCCCACGAGAGACCCAGGCUCCUGUUGCUUGUUAAUCUAGGGCUUGGGGACUGGCAGCCGGACUUCCAGCAGCUCCCUCGCUCCCCGCCUGGGCUUGUAACGGAGCAUCUGGGGCCCAGCUGGGCUCUGGGCAUCCAGAGACGUGACUGCACCUGCGGUUACUAAAGAGCCCCCAGGGAGCUGGACGCGUCGCUGUGCCGAUCUCCAGUGUAUUUCCCCCCUGCCUUGUGCAUCCCCCCAGCCUGCCCUAUGCCCUUCUGCCGCUGCCGUGGAGAGGGUGGGCAGCGUACUGUCGGCACAGGCCGGCUGGCACGUCAGCAGCCAACCCAGCGGACCCGGUGACCCCGCCCCUGCCCUGGCAGGGAGGCCCUUUCCUCUUCUCCCCUCCACCAUGAAGUGCUCCCUGCGGUUCUGGUUCCUCUCGACCGCCUUCCUGCUGGCGUUCGUCAUGUCACUCCUCUUCACGUACUCGCACCCCAGCAUGGCCUACCUGGAACCUGGCAGCCCGGGCGGCUUCCACCGGGUCAAGCUGGUGCCCGGCUACGCCGGCAUGCAGCGCCUCAGCCAGGGCGGGCGCCUCGGGGAGGGGUGCGCCUGCCGCAGGUGCACGGAGGACGCAGGGGCCUUGGCAUGGUUCACCAGCCACUACGACAGCAACAUCUCCCCGGUGUGGACCAAGGAGAACAUGGACCUCCCGCUGGAUGUCCAGAGGUGGUGGAUGAUGCUGCAGCCCCAGUUCAAGUCCCACAACACUAAUGAAGUCCUGGGCAAGCUCUUCCGGAUCGUGCCGGGCGAGAACCCCUACGGCUCCCGCGACCCCAGGACGUGCCGGCGCUGCGCCGUGGUGGGCAACUCAGGCAACCUGCGCGGCUCUGGCUACGGGCGAGAGAUCGACGGGCACGACUUCGUCAUGAGGAUGAACCAGGCCCCCACCGUGGGGUUUGAAGCCGACGUCGGGGGCAGGACCACCCAUCACUUCAUGUACCCAGAGAGUGCCAAGAACCUGCCUGCCAACGUCAGCUUCGUGCUGGUGCCCUUCAAAGCCCUGGACCUGCUGUGGAUCACGAGUGCCCUGUCAACCGGGCAGAUCAGAUUCACGUAUGCGCCUGUGAAGCCCUUCCUUCGCGUGGACAAGGAGAAGGUGCAGAUCUACAACCCAGCCUUCUUCAAAUACAUUCACGACAGGUGGACCGAGCACCACGGGCGAUACCCCUCCACGGGGAUGCUAGUGCUGUUCUUCGCGCUUCACGUUUGUGAUGAGGUGAAUGUCUUUGGAUUCGGGGCAGACAGCCGGGGCAACUGGCACCAUUACUGGGAGAACAAUCGCUACGCAGGGGAGUUCCGGAAGACUGGGGUGCACGAUGCGGACUUUGAGGCGCACAUAAUUGACAUGCUGGCGAAAACCAGCAAGAUCGAAGUUUACCGCGGCAACUGACGCUCUGGGCUCUGUCCUCUAGCUUUCAUUUCAGAAUCAGGUUUCAAGAGACGGGAUAGCUGUCGCUGGCCUCGCUGUGACAGAUCCCCAACCAAUCACAAUGAGCUACAGGGUUCGGUCUGUGACCCCACCUGACCAGUGGCCAAGCGGGGGUACUUGGUUCAGCCGGUCAAUCAUGUUUAGAAAGAAAAGGAAACUUCUUUUGGUUUAAAGGUUUCGGAUGAAAAGGAUUUACAAAGAAAACCGGCCCCUGGUUAUGUUGGGGGCUUCCAGCCCGGUUCUCCUCAUGGUCAAACCAAAUGCUGCUCUUUUUUUUUAAACCAAUCAUAAUUUCAGAACAAAGCCCAACCAAUCGUGGCCGCAGGCCGAAGGCAAAGCUGCAUGUUUCGACCAGUCUCCCAGUGCAAUGACACUAGCCUGUGACCCUAUGGAAUGGGGUGGUUUUCACACGAGCCGCCCCAUUCUGAGCCCCAGCCGGAACGGUUUGGAACAAGCCUGGAAACACCCAGGUGAAUGUCUCCUUUUUUUAACGUUCUUUGAGACCGGCAAUCGUUCGCCCAGAGGAGGCUCCAGUGUCUCUUUGUUUUGUACAAUCUGGUUCAAAGUACUGAACGGACAAUCAGUUCCUUGGGUGUGGGCACAAUCAGUUUGAGUGGGGAAGUUCCAGCUUGGCAAAGGGAGGGGAUGGGGGAGUAGAGGAAGGGGUGUGGGGCGGUUAAUGGCUUUUUGACAGCCAGCUGGGUCCAAACGAUUAGGAAUGGAGCCUGCUGAGAAGAGUUCUUGCUGAGCAGCGGAUUUUAAAGCCAUUGGAAACAUCAAGAGGGAGAAGCAGCAUCUGGGUGCUUCUGAUGUAGGGUCUUGGCAACCGGGAAGCUUCUGAGACUGACCAGUGGUUAAAGCUGGUUGGGAGCUAGUCUCAAUAAGUGGGAGGAACGGAGAGGAGGGGAACCUCCCUUUAACGCCUGGUGUCUGCCUCUUUACUCCCGUGAGAAGGGGCAGUGUCUUGCUCUGGGACUGACUGAUAGGGCCGAAUGAAGAGAAGCCAGGCCAAAGGCAGCGAAGAAAUCUGAAGAACCUGUGGCUUAGACCCUUUCCCCUCUCCAUCCCAAUCCCACCUGGGUUUAGAGAGGAAAGGGGGAAUUCUCUACUCUAGAACCACAGCCUACCUCCCCACACCCGUCCCUCCCCCACAAAUGUUGCCUCCAUGAUCUCUUCCACCAGAGCAUGUUCUUGCAACAAGCUGUCCUUGUAAGAGCCUUGGCAAGUUCUGAUGACAGGGAAGCGGUGGCCCGCAGCUGGGUACGGUCCUGCUUUUCCAGGUUCAUUGUAAAUUUCCCCGCUCGUCCUCGCAUCGGAAUGGAGCUGCGGUAGCAACUAGCCAUUUAGCUGGAAGUUGCCAGGGUGUGGCGAAGGGACUGUCCUAGCAGAUAGACAGCGGAUCUCAUUGCUGAUGUUAAGAGCAGAGACUCUCCUCUCUAGAUGGCUGCUUCUCAGCAUUGCUGAUGCUAAUUUGCCCCUGCAAAGAGACAGCGGGGGCAGCUAGUGAGAGUUGGCCGGUGGACAUCAAAGGAAGACUUGAAAGGAGAGAGGUGGGGAGCAGGGAGCAUGAAUUUGUAGAGACCUUGCCAGAGAGGCACCCGCUGAAAGCUCUGUGAAUCAAGGCAGGGGGCCGUCCUUGAUGGAGAUCCCAACGUUAGUGCUUGGGCUGGGGGUGCUUCUGCACACUAGAGAGAGGAAAACAUGGAUUUCCUUUCUGUUACUAGAUGGAAGAGCAAAUUGUAGAACACUUAGAAGGUGGGUGGAUGAAGUGUGUUUAAAAAUGAAAAACCAAAUCUAGACGGCUCAAACCCUGAAGUGCUUGGCCCGUUUUUAAUCAUGAAGGACCUCUAGGAUUUGACUCAUCCAUGGGCAGGAGUCUGAGUUAAGGGUAACAGGAAAGGCUUCUGUGAAAUCUUAUAACCACUGGAAGGAGUAUCUCAUGUCCGCUGACUUUCACAGGCUCCCUUUUGCAAGCCGAGAUCUUUCUGCAUACCCUUCACUCUUCUCACCCAGUAGGGAUGUCCUGCCCUUCCUGUGCACUCAUUUUAGCUUGGACUGGAGCCCAACCUAAGCCAGUCGCUGCUUUGCACUGGGAACUCUUGUCUCUUCUGCCUUUGUGAGGUUUAAGGCUACAGACACGGUCAAGUGAGAGCUCCUGGCCUAGCAGUAGGAUGCAAAGAGAGUGAAAUAACCUCAUCCAACUACAGAGGAGGCUUCCCUGUUUGUUUGGGGGGAUUGGUCCAAACGGGGGUGUGUUCCAUUAGGGAGCAAAGCCUGCAGCUAUGAAAUGUUCUCACAGGUAUUAGCCAAAUCGAAGGAGAACGGUUCCUUGGUUGGUUGGGUUUUUCAGGUCGGUAUCUGAUGGACUAAAUAAAAUGCAAUCAUGCCAAACA